AAGUGCUUCUUUGCGUUUUCCCAAUGUCAUAAUUGUAAUUUUCUCAAAUUAAAGUAAAUUAUUUUAGUUUUUGAGUUUUUUAAAUUUAAGUAGUUAAUAAAUUCGAACACAGACCUAAGCAAUGGACGACGCCGAGUUUGCAUACAGAGCUAAGAAACGCAUCAAGGAAGUUAAGAAGAAAGCCAGGCCGGAACUAAGCACCAAAGGCUCCUGGGAGUUCUAUCACUAUUCACUUAACUUUGAGAGGUUUCAUAACUUCACUGACAAUUGUGAUCGAAUUGAUCAAGCUAAAGUUUCAUCCCAAGCCUUCAUAGAUUUAUAUGAACUUCCGUACAAACCAGUAGUGAUAACAGGGUGCCAAAAUGGAUGGCGGGCCAAUUUCAAAUGGACCCUAGAUAAGCUGGCAAAGAAAUAUAGGAACCAAAAAUUCAAAUGUGGCGAAGACAAUGAAGGUUAUAGCGUCAAAAUGAAGAUGAAGUACUAUAUUUAUUAUAUGCUACAUACUAAAGAUGAUAGUCCUCUAUAUAUUUUUGAUAGCAAUUUUGGUGAACAUCGCCGUAGAAAAAAGCUAUUAGAAGACUAUGAAGUGCCUUUAUAUUUCCAAGAUGAUCUGUUUAAAUACUCUGGUGAGAGUCGCAGACCCCCUUACAGGUGGUUUGUUAUGGGACCUGCCCGCUCUGGAACUGGGAUCCAUAUUGAUCCUUUGGGAACAAGUGCCUGGAAUUCUUUGGUUGUGGGCCAUAAAAGAUGGUGCCUAUUUCCUACCCACACUCCCAAAGAACUACUAAAAGUAAAUGGAGCACAGGGCGGCAAGCAAAGGGAUGAAGCAAUAACUUGGUUCAGUAUUAUCUACCCCAAAACCAAAGAGCCAGAUUGGCCUCAAGAUUGCAAGCCGAUUGAGAUCUUGCAGAAACCUGGAGAGACUGUGUUUGUUCCUGGCGGGUGGUGGCAUGUUGUGCUCAAUUUGGAUACUACCAUUGCUGUGACACAAAACUUUUGUAGCAAGACCAAUUUUCCAAUGGUGUGGCAUAAAACUGCCAGAGGGAGACCCAAAUUAUCCCAAAGAUGGUUGAAGGUUCUUAAAGAAAAAGAACCGAACCUUGCUGUAUUAGCAGACCGAGUCAACCUCAGUCUUCCAUCCGGUAUGGCAUCAGAUAGUUCGAGCAACUCAUCUAGUUCAAGCUCAGACUCAGAAACAGGGGAGUGUAAAAGAGUGACUGAUAUUGAUAGUGGACAAGAGUCGAUAACUGCCAAGAAAAAAAGAAGAAAAUCUGACAACGAAUUAGAGAGAAGUCGUAAGGCUAUACGUCGCGAGAGCAGAGACACUCCAGGUUUUAAAAUACCUGGUGAUUUGCAACAACAAAUCCCUUGAGGUGUAUACGGGUAUUAUACCAUAUUGUUCUUAUUUAUUUCUUACCAUUAGUAAUAUUGUUUUUUUAAUAUUGUUAUGUGAGUGCUUUUAAAUUUUUCCAUUAGAAUAUAAAUAUAUAGAAAGUAACUAUUUUUCGUAAAUUUUUAAAUAGAUUUGUAUAAUAAACAAAAAAGGAAAAAUCUAGAAGCAACAUUAGUUUCCCAAGUUUAGUUUGGAUAUUUUCUCGUUGGUUACUAGUCUUUUCUUACCAAAAAUAGAGUGAAGAAUUGUUGUUUAAAAGUCCGCUGAUAUUUAUUUUUGUAAUUGUCUUCACAUCUACAGGGUACAAGAAAGGCUUCAUUCCUAAUAUCAGUGAAACUGUAUUUUUAUUGUCAUUUUGCACCAGUUGACUAUGUAAGACGUAAGAACCAAUUAAAAAAACUUUUAAUUGGGACUGAUAAAAUGCCUAAUAGUUAGUUGCAAUAAUUAGAUUGGUUCUUACCUCUUUGAUUGUUUAAUAAUCAACUGCAAUGCAACUUUAACCAGACCGGACAUAAUUUAUUGUAGUUUGUAAUCAAUAUUGUUUAUCUUAAAAAGGUGCCUUUUAUAAUGUAGAUUUCUCUAUAAGGUUGAUGACUCAAUCAAGCAUUGGUGCAAAAAAAAUCAUGAUAAAAGUAACAAUAAUGGUAGUUCUGUGAUAUGCAGAGAAGUUUUUUUUUAAUAUGCAAUAUAAUUGGUUUUGAGCAGUCAAAAUAUCGUUAUCCACUGCCAAAUUGUAAAACGUUUUUUGUUUAGGUUCAUUUAUCUCACAACAAUCGGCAUUUAGGUUAAGAUUUUUCUAGGAACAAAUUAAAGAACUUGUUAUAAUAGUUUCAUAUUUAUGUUCUGAGAACGACAUUGUCAGUCACGUAUUGUUGUGCCUUUUGAGAGAUAUGUAUUUCUUGUGUU